AAUCUUCGAAUGAUUUAAAAAGUUCAUUAAAAAUGGAAUGGUAUGGUUUCAACAAAAGUCACUUAUCGAUUUCUGUGGCACAUCAUUUUAAUUUGAAAUGUGUUUUUGGCAAAAUUGAUCAAAUUUACGUAUUGACACUCUCCGAUAUCAUUAAUUUCGAUGAUAUUAAAAAUUACUAGCAAAACAAACCUAAAUGAGACGAAAUAUUUGUAAUUAAGACAAUUUACGUCACAUAUUAUCAAAUUAAAGUCGCUAUUUGCGAUUGGUAAUAUUCAUUGGAUCAAUUAAAUUGCUUAUGAGUGCCAAAACACCGUAAUUUUGGCAAGAAAAUACAGAAUAGUAAGUAAUAUAUUUGCAAAUUAAGUAGGAAAUUUGCAUACUCCAGUUUUAAUUGCUUGAAAAUAUGCGAGUAAACGGUGUAUAAAUAGGGAAGCCGAACGAAGAAGCAAAAUGGCAUCAUUCCGCAACAUUUUUGUGAUCGCUCUCGUCGUUUUGGCGGUGGUGACUCUACCAACUGACGGGAAACGAAAUAAGAAACAGCAAAACCAGCAAAAGGGUGGAAAAGGCGUAGCUAACAAAGAUAAAUACGCAGCCAAGCCAACAGCAAUGAGCACAGGUGAAGAGUUCGCAAUAGACCAAAGCGCAAACGAAGAAAUCUCAAGCGAACUGCCUCUUCAAGCAGCUCCUGGUCAUGUGGAAGCUGGAAAGAAAAAGUCAAAGAAAGGAAAGGGCAAGAAAAAGGGUAAGAAGGGAAAACAAGCUGCAGCUGAACACGUCCACAGCGCCGAAUGCGAACAUGCAUCUGAGCCUAUGCCAAGUGCUGACUCCGUCCAAUCAAUUCCGGAAGUUGCAUCCUAUGAACCAAUAGACCUUACAUCAAAAAUUGGCCAAUGAAAACCAGAAAAUAUGACUGCUACGACAAGACCAUAAAUAUCUCCGGCCUCUCUCUCGCUCACCGUACCAAAAAAAAUGAAAAAAAAAAUUCAAUUUCAAUGUUCAACUUAAACUUCCAAUAAAAAAAAUAUUUCGCU